UGUGAUCUGGACUAUGGUGAAAUUAAAGAGUUGAAGGGUUACAAAUCAGACUUACAACCUAGACUUACAAAGGAUGACCUUGAAAGACAGGUGAAGAAAAUAUAUGGAAGAGAACAGAGCAACAUGGUUUGUUGGUACAAGUCUUCACUCAUUGACAAGUCCAAGUUUGUGGCAGAGUGUAAUCUUGAUGAAAGUGUGUAUCUGGCCGCCUGUUAUACUGAACCAGUGAUCAUUCAGAAGAGCAAAGAGAAGACUGAGAAAUACUAUCGUCGAGAUGGGAGGUCUGUGGAUGUUUCAUCUCAUCUGUUAUCAAAUGACAAGAAUCACAGCAUCAGAAUAGACCAGCUGUUCAGUCCUGACAGUGAUGGAAACACACAGAAAACGGUGAUUCUCAGUGGAGAUUCUGGAAGAGGGAAAUCCUUCACGCUACAGAAGAUCAUGUUGGACUGGGCUUCUGGAGAACUUUACUCUGAAAACUUUGAUGUAGUUUUUCUUCUGAAGUUUGAAGAGCUGAAGUGUAUUUCUGAGGAGAUGAGCUUAUUUGAGCUUUUGAGCUGGAGUUGCAGCUUAAAAUCGUAUCAGAUCUCACAGAUACUGGAGUUAACAACACCAGAGAAAGUCCUCUUCCUCAUUGAUGGAAUUGAUGAUGUAUCUCACCCACCCACUUAUUUCAUUAUAGCAAUCACUACUCCAUCCAAAAGAGCCCGACCUAUGGACAUUCUUACGAACCUGUUGAGGGGAAGCUUGCUGCCUGAGUCAUUCAUUCUUGUCACCACAAGAUCUCGAGCUGCUGAUGCAGUGAUGAACCUCCUCAAGGGUCCUCAGCGUUUCACUGAGAUUAUGGGCUUCUCUGAGAGAGGGGUGCAGGAGUACUUCCAGAAGUUCUUUCAGGAUGAACAGCUCUUCAGAAAAACAUAUGAGAGAGUGAAGAUAAAUGAAAACCUCCUGACUGCCUGCUCUGUGCCUUUGCUGUGUUGGAUGGUCUGUUUUUGUCUGAAGAAACACUUAACAGAUGAUGAUUGUGUGAUGAGAGAACUAAAGACAAACACCUCCAUAUAUGUGCACUUUGUGUCCACUCUACUGGAGCAGCAUGACCAGAGUCAGUCUGUCCUCACCAUGCUGAGGAGUCUGAGUCAGCUGGCAGAGAGAGGAAUACAAAAUCAACAAGUCUUUUUUGAUGAAAAGAGUGUAGCUAAGAUUGGCUUACAUCCAGCUACAACUUUGUUCUUGUAUAAAGAUGACCUUAGAGGACAUGAAAAACAUGAACCAGUUUAUAAGUUUAUCCAUUUCAGCUUUCAGGAGUUCUUCACUGCACUUUAUUAUGUAUUGUUAGAUGAAGAAGUAUCCUGGUGGAAAGUCAGGGAGCUGUUUAAAUUGAUGGAAUCAGAAGCUUUAAUUUGCUGGCCAUCUCCUCUUUUGAGAAGUAGAGUAUCAAAUCCCAUCCCUUCAGUCAUGAUGUUUCUCUGUGGUCUCUUAAAUGAGAAAGUAAGUAGCUCAAUCUUUCAAAAGAUCAGGUUAACGGUUCCUCACACCAUGAAACUGAAAAAAAGGGAACUAAAGAAAAAGCUGAUGAAAAGGAUUCCUGCAAUGACACGGCAGUAUGGAUUUGAGUUAUUUGCUCUCCACUGUCUGUAUGAGCUUCAAGAUGAGAUAUUUGUCAUGAAAGCUCUUACAACACACAAUGUCAUGGAUCUGUCUCACGUUUCCCUGAAGAGCAUAGACUGUUGGGUGCUGCUGUACUGUCUUCAGUGCUGUUCAAACAUCAGAGACCUGAACCUCAUGUACUGUGAUUUAACAGCUGAGAAACUCAAGAUUCUUCAGCCAGCGCUCUGUAUCUCUAAGACUAUGAGGUUUUCAGUAAAGCACCUAUCAGAAGUUGGAGAUUUGAUCCAGAUUCUUGGUAAAUCUAAGUUCUUAAAAAAAAUAAGGAUUCAGGAAAGUGAGAACAGUGCUGAGAAUCCCAGAUGGUCACUUGAGCUGUCAGUCACUCAUGGAGAUGUUCUGUAAGAAAAU